GACGUUUUGGUUGACAUUGCCGUGUUAUUUAGGAGUUUUUAUUGGAAGACCUCAUAAAUAUCACUUUAAAAGUUGUACUUUUGUUAUACAACUGUUGAAGAACUCUUUUAGAUGAAAUAAUAUCAGUGAAAAUAUUAGUUUUGUAGAAUCCUUGCAGACAAUCCGUUCAACAUGGGUGGCUCGCAGUCAGCAGAGAAAACCCAGAGUGCAACAUCUGCCAACACUUUGCAGACACAGAGCAGUGCUCAGAAUUAUCCCAGUGAAUGUCCAAUGCAUAAAUCAGAAGCCGCUCCACAGAGCUUCCCCAGUGAAUGCCCCAUGCAUCAGAAGACCACACCAUCACCACCCAGCGGCUGCCCAAUGCAUGAGGGUGGUGCAAAAGAGGAAGAAAUAGACCCCAGGAAUAUGAUGCCCCCGCCCAACCAGAGACCCUCCCCGGACCAGCCUUUCCCUCUCUCCACAGACCGGGUUGUGUCCAACAUCCCCAAAGCGGACAGUGAUGAAAACUGGGUGUACCCAUCCCCCCAAAUGUUCUGGAAUGCCAUGCUGAGAAAAGGGUGGCGCUGGAAGGAAGGAGACAUCAACAAACAAGACAUGGACAACAUCAUCAGCAUCCACAACGCAAACAAUGAACAGGCCUGGAAGGAGGUCCUCAAGUGGGAAGCACUGCAUGCCAGAGAGUGUAGUGAGCCACGACUGAAGAGAUUCGGAGGAAAGGCCAAGGAAUUCUCCCCACGGGCCAAGAUCAGGAACUGGUUAGGAUACUCCUUGCCAUUUGAUCGCCAUGACUGGGUUGUUGACCGUUGUGGGAAAGAAGUGCGCUACAUCAUUGAUUAUUACGACAUAGGAGAAGUGGAUAAGAGAACUUACGAGUUCACGGCACUGGACGUCAGACCAGCCUUCGACUCAUUCUCUGCUGUGAUGGAUCGCUCCAAAGUGGCAAUGAUGAGGUGGAAAAUGGAGCUCAUGGACAACAAAAUGACAUCCGGACCCAGCGAGGACUCAAAAACGUGACAUGAAUGAGAGAGAAUUGUUACAGCUCAUAGAGUGGUCUGAUUCAAGAGGUUCCCCGUGUACAGCUAAUGCGAUAUAAACAUAGUUUAUAUACACUGACUGACUUUGUUGAGUGCAUGCGUGGGGUAUGGAGGAUGCUGAAUGCUAGAUGCAAGAAUUGGUUCAUGUUUUAAAUACUGUAUAGAGUUCUCAUUUCAUUUGUUUUUCAUGCAUGUGUAUAGUAUACAGGUUAAAUUUUUUGUGAUUUCCUUGUACAUGGCUAACAAUUUGUGUUGUGAUACAUGAAGAUAACACAUCAUUCUGUUGCAUUCUUUAUUACAAAAAUAAAAAAAAUAUGUAUA